AUGUCCCUUGAUUCUGCAUCACGUCCAAAUGCCCCUCAGGGGUCGAAAUCAUUUUCUCGCAUGGAAGACACUCUACCCAGCACGCUUCCCCAGAACCGUGCAAAAACAGUCCACGGUAUCAUGACACCAGAAUUUGCUCAGGUGAAUUCUCCCCUUUUAAGUUUGGAACCUGGGCCCAUUGAGGAAGAAACCGAUAUUUUCCACAAAAGGGACUCAUUAGAUUUGGAGGAUGGAUCACCAGUAGACAAGUCCGACCACACUGCUUCACAAUUGCAAAACAUGGUAGAUCAAUUUGAGCUUCCCAUAGAGCUAGCUAGUUUGACCGACAGAUUUAUCACAUCUCUCAGCGCCAAAGUAUAUGCCACUCCACCGUCGAUAGACAAGCUUUCGGAUCUUUUUCAAGAUUUCUACGUGCGUGCCGGUGCCCAUAUAUCAACCCACAUUUCAACUCUUUCCUCUCGUUUGAGUCGCCCGCCGCCUGUUUCUUCUUCCCAAUCUACAAUUUCUGGGAAAUCCACACGCGAUCCACUGGUUAACGCAUCUGGAAAUAAAGAUGACCAAAGGGGUUCUGAAAAGCCCACUACUAAUCAACAAAUGCUGACUGCGGAGGAAGUGGCGGAAAAGAGGAGGGCCCGAAAGAUGCUCCAAUACAAACGGCAUGCCCUCGAGGAAUCGGUGGAGCGCCGUGCUUGUGAGGCUGUGUACGAGAAAAUAUGGCGUCACAAAACUACUUUGGAUGAAGUCAGGGAUGAGAAACUCCGCUCAAAAACAGCAGCUCUCGCUUUGAUUGGUAUUGAGCCAAAGGACCUGGGAAUCGAGAUGUGGGAUCUGAAUGGAGCUAAAGGCACUGAGGUUUCAGAUUACCUUAGCUCUGCUAGAGAGAGUUUGAUGAGGAUGAACGAUGAAAAGUUCCCACUAGGCAAACUUCAGCAUCUGACUGCUGCCCACAAGGCAAUCGUCGAUACGCUGACAAAAGUUCUUCCCUCUUCCUCUUCUGCGGAUGAGAUCUUGCCAACUUUAAUAUACACCCUAAUAAGUACCCCGGCAGAAGGCAUCAACAUCAUCAGUAAUCUGUUGUUUAUUCAACGUUUUAGAGCGACAAGCAGGCUCGAUGGUGAGGCAGCAUACUGUCUUACUAAUCUGGAAGCAGCCAUUAGUUUCCUAGAGAAUGUGGAUUUAAAUGGCCUACCAGCAAAUCAGGCACAAGAAGGAAUGGCGAAGCCUUCUACGGGUGCCUCCGUUCCCGUCACAAUGCGGUCUGAUCCGCAAAUAACUCAGGAUUUUUCAACGAAUCCAAGGUCUUCAAUGAGCACUCCAAUGUCUUCUAAGACAGGAAAGCCAGAUUUAUCGGGUCAGAUUACCACAAGUGAGAGUUCACAAAAAUCUCGCAUGACGGAUCAUUCACCUUUUUUAACUAACCUCCUGCAACCCUCCGCCAAAGCUUUUGGUGCUGCUAACGAUGCUGUCCGAACUACUGCAGAUCAAGGAUUUAAAAAUAUCAGCAGCACCCUCGACAAUAGCUUUAAUUUCCUUUUCGGUCGGCUAAGGGAAGUUCAAAUUAAGCAAAGCGGGGAGCCAAAUGGCAUUUCUACAAUUCUUCCGAAAACUCUUGAUGACGCUCGACGGUUAGUCAGUCCUUCACCAAUGCUAGGCGAUGGGAACGAUCUCAAAGGAGAUGGUUCAUCCGGCGAUCAACCCAAUCAAAGCAGCAAAAGUGAACUGCACUCAAGGCCUGAAGAUAGACUCCUAGGCUUAAUCAGUGGACGAAGAACAGCCAGACAGACUGGUGGAGAUAGUUUAGAGAACGCUGCAGGUGGGCUAAAGGCUAUUCCCACAACUGGAGAGACAUCCACACCCAGUCCGGCUUCUACAGGUUCGAUUUUCUCUCAAUCAACCCCGAAUCCUCCAUUCGGCGCAAUGAAGAGCUUCAGUAAUACUUUAAACCCUCUCAAUCAUAUUCCCGGAAUGAUCCGCGGGCUAGGCCGUAUCCCACCAGAUCCAACCCAGAGCCUCGUAUCCGCAGACAAGCCUAAAAUAUCAGAACCAAUAUCCAGUCGUUCCAACACUCCCAUUCCCCAAAAAGUUAACGCCGACUCCCAUCCAGCUGCCAUUAAGCCACCAAUCAAGAAGUUCAUGGAAAUAGAUCCCGAGGAACUUAAAAUAAGCGAUAUUCCCGAACUCCUCGCGGACUAUAAGCGGCUUGCCCUGAUCUUAAGCGAACAAAGAAUCUCUUGA